CGCCGCCCGUCGGGGGCCCUGGCCCGCCCGUCGCCGCCAUGACCGAGGCCGCGGAGGUGGCGGAAGCCCUCCGCCUGGCCAAGGUCGAGGCCACCCCCGACGGGCGCGUGCUGUGCGCCUGGAACGCCGCCGGCCUCAAGAAGACAGGGGGCCUCUGCGACUUCCUCCUGAAGAGCGGCUUCUGGAGGGUCAUCAGGCGCCUUGGCCAGGUGAAGAAGGACCUGCGGAUCGACAUCAGCGUGUACGAGGUCGCCGUCGCCAAGGUGCACAGGGCGGGACGACUACUACAACGACUACAACGACUACUACGACGACUACGGCUACGGCUACGGCUACG